UUCACACGUGAUAGGAAGUUUAGGUCAUUUUGAACUUUGACUAACCUAAUUUGUAAUUUUUGUAUAAGCAUUAAACCUGAAUUUAAAUUGGUGGAGAGCAAUACUAGCGGUAAAAUGACAGAAGAAGAAAGAACCCCUCUUCUAUCAGAAACGCGGGUUUCUGUGAAUAUUUCAGGAAAUUAUAGUGAAGACAGCACAAACGAAGACCAUUGUUGUAGUGCAGCAUCUUUUUGUGACCCAACAAGAGCUCUGCAUCGUUUUAUAGUUUUAUUUUUUAUGUGUUUCUUAGGUUUUGGAAGCUAUUUCUGCUAUGAUAACCCAGGAGCUCUCCAAAGUCAGAUAAUAGAGGAUAUGGACAUAACCACAUCUCAGUUUGCAGCACUGUAUGCAUGGUAUUCCUGGCCAAAUGUUGUGCUCUGUUUUUUUGGUGGAUUUUUGAUUGAUAGAGUGUUUGGAAUUCGAUUAGGAGCUAUCAUUUUUGGUCUUUUUAUUUUAGUUGGACAGUUUAUAUUUGCACUUGGAGCUUUGGUGAAUAAAUUUUGGGUGAUGGAAGCUGGCCGAUUUGUAUUUGGCAUUGGAGGAGAAUCUCUAGCUGUAGCACAAAACACGUAUGCGGUCAGCUGGUUUAAAGGAAAAGAGCUGAACAUGGUUUUUGGACUUCAACUGAGUUUUGCCCGGGUUGGUAGUACAGUAAACUUUAAUGUCAUGCAGCCAGUUUACAAGUGGAUAGACAAGUCUUAUGAAGGGUAUGAGUGUUUAGGAAUUGUUCUGUUUGUUGCAUCAGUCAGUUGUUUGCUGUCCUUGGUAUGUGCCUUUGUCCUUGGUUUUUUGGAUUGGCGUGCAGAAAAAAUUUUGAAAAAAGCAUCUAUAGGAACAGGCGAAACAAUCAGACUAACUGAUGUGAAGGAUUUUCCGUUGAGCUUUUGGUUAUUAACUGUGAUUUGCAUUGCCUAUUAUGUGGCAAUAUUUCCAUUCAUUGGACUUGGAGCUGUGUUUUUUGAAAAAAAAUUUGGGUUCACGUCAACUGGAGCCAAUGCUGUAGACAGCAUCGUAUAUGUUAUCUCUGCCAUCGCCUCUCCACUGUUUGGUAUAUUAGUAGACAGAACAGGUCGUAACUUGAUGUGGGUGUUUAUUUCUGUUUUGGUCACCCUUGGGGCACAUAUGCUGCUGGCUUUUUCCUUUUUGAACCCAUGGAUUGCCAUGGUUGUUAUGGGUAACUCGUAUUCAUUAUUGGCUUGUGCCUUAUGGCCAAUGGUGGCAUUAGUGGUGCCAGAACAUCAGUUAGGGACAGCUUAUGGCCUCAUGCAGUCUGUCCAAAAUCUUGGUCUAGGCGUUAUUGCCAUGGCAUCUGGAAUAAUCGUUGAUGUGAAAGGGUACAUUUGUUUAUAAAUGUUUAUAUUUCUUUUUUUCCUCACAGUGGCAUUAAUAGCUACAAUUGUACUCGUCAUUAUUAACAACAGAACAAGUGGACCUCUGAAUCUAACAGUGACUGAGAGAGACAGAUUGGAAGAAAGAAAGAUGGCGGCAGAGUUCUUAGAAAGAGAGAAGUUAGCAAUAUCUGGGUCUACAGCGGAAGUCACACCGCAAGACCUGCUUCGUUCACAAUCUGACUUCCACCUAAGAAAUCGCUACCUGAGUCGAAUUGGAGCUAAGCUCCCAACACACUUCGACAUCAGUACGUGUGCCCUAAUGCACAGGACAGGCCCCACUACUUAAUAUAGUCCCUCGUCAUUUCAUAUCAUAAAACUGCAUUCCACUGGAACAUCCUCUUACAUGUUUGAUUGUUAACAAUGAUUUUUUUUAUUUGUUCCUUUUGCAUUUAUAGAUUUCAAAUAGACUUGAUUUCAACGUUUUAAGAACAAGAGUAUUUGGUGUUUAUUUUUCAUCUUGUAAUCAAAUUUACUCACAAAA